AUGAGUAAUUUUGCAACUCAAAGCUUUUCAAAGCGAUUGAGAAGCCAAAUUCCAUAUUAUCAGGCUACAAAUAAGGAAAUAAUUGAAGAUCUUAAGAUGAUGGACAUCGAUUUAUCUUGUCCCGCUGAAACUUUCAAUAAUGAUAAUUUACCGAGGCCUCGCAAAAGACCGAGACUACCUGUCAUAGACGAUGUGCAGGAAGAAAAUGACGCCAUUGAAGGACUUUCAGCAUUAAUUUUGGUAAAAAAUAAGACGAAAAAACCAAUAGUCCCUGAACAAACUGAAAAUAAAAAGGAUUUAAAAUUGCCACAACAGCCUAAAGAAGAAGCUAAAACUCCAGCAGUGCAGAUAAGGUAUGAUAUCAGAGCACUGCAGAUGGCUCAAAUGCAGCAGUAUUUACAAUUAAUGCAGUUUCAGCCUAAUGCUUUUAUGAAUACAGGUGAUUGAAGAAAUAUGAAUUUUCCAAUGCAGUAUCAACAUAGAACGAACCAGAAUUAUGCAUAUAAUGUCAUGCUGAGCAGGAAAUCUGGGAUUCAUAUAAAAAUUGCCCAUAUGAUAUCUCACCAUCAGAAUCAGAUGAAUAGAAAUAAUGUGAUCUAA